CAUUAUGUUUGAUUUGGUUUUGGGCUAAUGAGGUUCUGUUAUUAAGUUCAAAUAACAAAGUUGGGAAGAAAAUUUUAGAUUAUAGAUAGAGUUUUAUUGGAUUUGGAUAAUUCUGAAUGUUUUUGUUGGAAAAAUCAGGUAUUGAGUGAAAAUGGUAUUGGGAAAGAAAUGUGAAAGUUAUGGGUCGGGGCUAGUGAGAAGUACCUCAUUUGGGAGGAAAAGAAUUACAGUGGAUGUUGAUUUCAGUCCAAUAACAACACCUAUGAAGAAAGUAUGUAGUCACAAUUCAUUUUUCUUUUGUGAUGACAAGUCUCCUCUUGAAGCCUUGCCUCAAGAUAUUCUGAUAAGGAUAGUGUGUGGAGUUGAUCAUGAUGAUUUAAAGAGGCUUUUCCAUGUAUCAAGGACAAUUAGAGAAGCGACUGUGAUAGCAAAAAGGUGGCAUUUUGAGUAUGCAACACCAAGAAAGACGCUUGGUUUCAAGAAUGCAAUUGAGGAUUUGGGUGAAUUCAAUGAUGUUGAAGCGCCAAAUGCUCCGAGGCAAUUGAAAAUUCGGAAGUUAAAGUUAAGCAGAAAGAAACUGGCUGACAUUUCAGUUGCAUUGUUUGCAUCAGAAGAAGAAGAAGAUGAUGAUGAUAACUGGCUGCAGCGGAAGUCAUUUAUGCAGAUGGAUGCUGAGUUAUAGACAUCUGUCUGUAAAAGAGGUUUUGUGUAAACUAUUGUUAGUUCCUGUAGGAACCAUAGGUUUUGGGGGUUAGAUCUGAUUAUAUUGAUCAGAAUUUAGUCUCUAGUGUACAUCAGAAAAAUCUUUACAAUUCUUCAAUCCUUUCAUUGAAGAUGUGUUUGUAUUUAUUUGUAUAUUUAGAGAAGGGGAGAGGUAGAUUGAUUUAGGGGAUU